UCCUCAAACCUCCCCCAGCACCUUCGGCUCAGUGCUGAGAGGCAAAGCCAGGUUGCAGCAUGUGGCUGGAGGAAGCCCAGAGGGCUCCCCCACGCACCUGGGGUCCCCCCUGGCCCUCAGCAGCCCUUCCCACAGGGGGCUGCCCCACUGGACACCCAGCAUGCGAUGCCCCGGCCCCGCAGCGGCGCCCGUGCAGCCUGGAGGAAUUUGCCGGUCGCUCCAGCCUCCACGGCAUCCAGCACAUCUUCCAGCACCAGUGCUACACUGUCCGCAACCUGCUGUGGCUGCUGGCCUUCCUGGGCUCGCUGGGGCUCCUUGUCCAUGCCUAUGCCAAGUGCGUGGGCUUAUACUUCCAGUACCCCCACAACACUCAGCUGGAGGAGGAGACGGUGCACAACAAGACCUUCCCCGCCGUCACGAUCUGCAACCUCAACCCUGUCCGCUUCUUGCAGCUCUCCGGCCACGACCUGUACUGGGCAGGGGAGAUGCUGGGUCUCCUGGAUGGGGCUGGCCAUCCCCUGGUGCCAGAGAGUGUGGAGGGGAGCAGGCUGGAGGCUCUGCUGGAGACGCUGGCCAUGAACGAGGACGAGAAGAGCCGCCCCUUCGACUUGGAGGAGUUUUACGGGCGCGUGGGCCACCAGCUGGAUCUCGGCGAGAUGCUUGUCAGCUGCAUGUUUGGUGAUGAAGAGUGCAACGGCAGUGACUUCCAGACAGUCUACACACGCUAUGGUAAGUGUUACACCUUCAACGGGGACCGGCGGAACCCACGAGUGACCCGCCAGGGUGGCAUGGGCAACGGGCUCGAGAUCAUGCUGGACAUCCAGCAGGAAGAGUACCUGCCCAUUUGGAGAGAGACCAAUGAGACAUCAUUUGAAGCUGGCAUUCGGGUCCAGAUCCACAGCCAGGACGAGCCACCCUACAUCCAUCAGCUGGGCUUUGGUGUCUCACCUGGUUUCCAGACCUUUGUGUCCUGCCAGGAGCAGCGGCUCACCUACCUGCCGCAGCCAUGGGGGAACUGCAGGGCUAGCGUGCAGGGGGAGAAGACGCUUCCUGGCUAUGACACCUACAGCAUCGCCGCUUGCCGCCUGCAGUGCGAGAAGGAGGCCGUGGUGCGGAGCUGCCACUGCCGCAUGGUCCACAUGCCAGGCAAUGAGUCCAUCUGCUCCCCCAAUGUGUACAUCGAGUGUGCUGACCACACGCUGGAUGCAGCAGUGGAGGACAGCCAGGACCGCUGCAGCUGCCCCACGCCGUGCAAUCUGACGCGCUAUGGCAAGGAGAUCUCCAUGGUGCGCAUCCCCAACAAGGGCUCAGCACGCUACCUGGCCCGCAAGUACAACAAGAAUGAGACCUACAUCCGGGAGAACUUCCUGGUGCUGGACAUCUUCUUUGAGGCACUCAACUACGAGGCCAUUGAGCAGAAGAAAGCCUACGACCUCGCUGGGCUUCUCGGGGACAUCGGGGGGCAGAUGGGCCUGUUCAUCGGUGCCAGCAUCCUCACCAUCCUGGAGAUCCUGGACUAUGUCUACGAGGUGAUCCGGGACAAGUUGAGCCGUGUCCUGCGCCGCUCCAAGCCGCCCCUGAAGAAGCCCUCGGGCAGCAUUGCCACACUGGGACUGGAGGAGCUGAAGGACCAGAGCCCCUGUGAAACCCUGGGCCGGCAUGUGGAGGGCGCCUACAACGCAGGCAUACUGCCCAACCACCACCACCGCCACCACUACCCUCACCAGGGCGUCUUCGAGGACUUCGCCUGCUAGGCCAGCUCGAGACUUGGGGGGCAGCCCCCCGCCAACUCUCUCCCCACCAUCCGCAUGGAGAGGGACCACAGCACUGGGUGCGGUGGGCACAGGCCCCCACCUCCCCCAUCCCCACUGCCAGGACUGGCCACACCGUUUGCCCCCAGCAAUGCCGCUGGAGCUGCCUCAGCGCCAGCACUGGCACUGGCACCGGAGAGGCCCCCAAACCCUUUUGCUCGUCCCCUCUGCUUGCCCCCAGCACGCGGGCUCAGCUCCGUCUCAAGCACACGGUGUGGAGGGGGCUGGGCAAGCUGGGGGGGUUUCAAGGAGCAGCAGGGUGCGGGGAGAUGCAGAUCAUGCAGGAGGCAAGCUGGGGUUCCUGCAAGCCCCUCCAAUUCCUCCCCUGCUGACCCCUCCUGGGUGGGGGUCUCUGCCCUGCAUGGUCCCCCCAGGAAAGAGAUGUGCCUGGAACAGCUUCCCCCCUGCCCCGGGACCACCACCCACUUACCUGCUGCAGGGCAGGGCAGUGUUGCAGGACACCCCUCUGAGCAGCACAGCCCCCCUGGCCAGCCCAGGGACACCCCACCUGCAGCCACACCUGCAUGGCACCACCCUGACCCCUGGCACCACCACCACUGUGACACCCCUCCAAACAUGUGCCCGCCCUUCCCCAACCUCAUGCAGCCUGCCAGGGCUGCAGCACCCCCGCCCCAUCUCUCUUCCCAGCCAGACCCCUGCACUGUGACACCCCCCCCUCCAGUGUUGGCCCAAAUAGCCCCGAGUCAUUGCAGCACUGCAAACCCACUGCCUCCCGCCUCCUGAUCCCAGUCCACCAUG